UUCCGUCUAGACACAAGUUGACGUCGAAUUUUAGUUCCUACCAGAACAACCAAACAAUGAUAAAAUCUAGAAAUAUCCCCCUCGGGCGAGUCGCUUGGCUCAUCUUUUAGCCACUCAUCCGGCAUUUGCCAACACUCCCAAUUUUAAAACGGCGAAAAUAUGUUGAUUUUGCGUUUCUGGAACAUUUUGUAGCGUUUGGUGUUUUGUGCUAUUGCGCAACACGUUCGCAAAUAGCAGCCGGCUUAGUUUAGCCUAGCAUAAUUUAGCUUGAAUACGCUGGGCUGAGAUGACAAGUGCACUUUUCCUGCUGCCCUCACGGCUGUAAAGACAUAUUUAUUUGGCCAGCUUCACUUUCACGGCUUUCUGCUGCCGCUGUUGGGGCGAGACAAUGAAGACGUGUUGAGUCCAGCUAGCUGCUAGGUCAGCUCUUCCUUCCUUCCUUUCCUGCACAUUUAGUUCCUCUUCCUAAGGAGCCCCGCACUAAAUUGUGGAGUAAUAUGAGCGCUAUGCGAGUGGAUGCCAAGGUGGUGAUGCUGGGCAAGGAGAGUGUGGGCAAAACCAGCCUGGUGGAGCGUUACGUCCACCACCGCUUCUUGGUCGGACCUUAUCAGAAUACUAUCGGAGCCGCUUUUGUGGCCAAACCAAUCCAGGUGGGAGACAAAGUGAUCACUUUGGGAAUAUGGGACACAGCUGGGUCGGAACGCUAUGAAGCCAUGAGCAGAAUUUACUACCGAGGCGCUCGAGCUGCUGUCGUCUGCUACGAUCUGACGGACAGCAGCAGUUUCCAGCGAGCUCGUUUUUGGGUGAAAGAGUUGCAAAAUUGCGAGGAGCACUGUAAGAUUUACCUGUGCGGUACCAAGAGCGACCUGAUCCAAGGAGACCGGAGUCUGCGUCAAAUCGACUACCACGACACUCAGGACUUUGCUGAAGAAAUCGGCGCACAGCAUUUCGAGACAUCUAGUAAAACGGGAAGCAAAGUGGAUGAGCUGUUCCAGAAGGUGGCCGAGGACUACAACAACGCUGUGUUCCAGAAUAUGACAGAAGAGACGGGAGUCAACUUGGACCACAAGAAAGACUCGUACUUUUAUUCUUGCUGCAACAGCAACUGACGCUCACCUGGGGAAGGAAGUACAUGCUGGAUCAGAACACAAAAAGCCACAAAACAUUCGCUUCUUUCGUGCCACGAGGAACCUCUGCCGGCUGGAGGUCGGAAUACGACAACAAAGAUUUCAUCCACCUGAGUUUUCAUCCAAAGCUGUGCUGGUCCAAGACAACUCAGCCACUUUGACUCGUUAUUUUUUGGGGCGGUUUUUAGUGAAAGGGUGACGAAGUCCUGGCAAAACAUAAGAAUUAAACCGCUUACCUUUUUGGUUUUGGAUGCGCAAAGCUGGAUUGUGUCUCCACUUCCUGUAUGUCAUCACAUGGUGAAGUCCUCCUUUGAGCUGCCUGACUGAAAAAGUGACUUUUCUAUAUUUCAACACUCACAAACUGACAUAAAUCACCUCAGAAUGAAUUUAGCCGUCAUGUUUUUGCAAUAUUUAUUGCCUUGAUUAAUCACGGUGCCGGAUAACACUUUGGAAAAAAAAUGCCUGAAUGUGUUUUUUUUUCUUCUUUUAAAUACAUGCUGGCAAAGAAUUUAAUAUAAAAUAUCUGGAGGAGUUCGAUUAAAUGUUACAUGAUUCAUUGCCAGUUUGUCCUCUUUGAUGGGAAAGAAGUGAUGAAAAUUUACAGAUUGCAAAUGGGAUCUACAGUACAAAAUGAUUGCCUGCUGCUUUUUAAAAUAAUUUUGCUAGUUUCAAACAUCUACACUGACUGUUUCAUAAACUGUGAAAUAAAUGUUUGUGCAUGAAAAACUUUUUA